AUGAAGAGGCACAUAGCACAUUUGAUAGAGGAAAUGAUCCUAAGCUGUGGAAGUCAGUACAAAGAGAUCUUAUGGUUGGGUGAAAGCUUUGCCUCAAGGCAGUUCUAUGGGGAAAUUGAACCCUUGCUGCCAGAAAUCUCUUCAUUGCUAUCACUGUCCCACCCUAACAUUGUUCACUGCCUUUGCGCGUUUACAGAUGAGGAAAAGAAAGAGUGUUUCCUCAUUAUGGAGCUCAUGAAUAAAGACCUUGGUAGCUACAUCAAGGAGAUUUAUGGCCCGAGGAAGCGAAUUCCAUUCACUCUUCAUGUUGCUAUUGAUCUUAUGCUUCAAAUUGCAAGAGGAAUGGAAUAUCUCCACUCAAAGAAAAUUUACCACGGAGAAUUAAAUCCUUGUAACAUUUUGGUCAAAGGAAGAGGGUUAUCCACAGAAGGUUUCUUGAUUGCAAAGAUUUCAGGUUUCGGUUUAACUUCUAUUAAAAACUCCACACAUAAAAACCCUUCAAAUCAGAAUGGAAGUCCACCUGUUAUAUGGUAUUCUCCUGAAGUUCUAGAAGAGCAAGAUUGCAAGAACACAGAAAGUAGUGAGAAAAAGUACACAGAAAAGUCUGAUGUUUAUAGUUUUGGGAUGAUUUGCUUUCAUCUUUUAACAGGGAAAGUGCCAUUUGAGGAUAGUCAUCUUCAAGGGAAAGUGCCAUCCAGUAUUCUCUUAUCGGUUAAGCAUAAGAUUAGUUUAAGAAGAAGAUGA